ACCGGUUACUCGGUUCAGUUCAAGGUUUCCCAUUUCGGCGGAGAGUUCAAGGCACACACACACACACGGUGCACGUCUUUCGUUCGGUCUCCUCGUCGUCGGUCAUCGCACCGCCGUCGCCGGUCGUUCGUCCUGCAAUUAGUUUUCCAAUUUUUUACCCCGUAAAGAUUUAAUUAAAAAAAAAAAAAAAACAACCUUAAUUUUCGCCUACCCUUCGUACCGACCGUCGGUCAAAUCAGUGUGUCGAAUAACAAAAAAAAAAAAAAACUAAUUUUUUUUUGCAAAUUUACCUAUUAUAUAUUUUUUAAAUUAUAUUAUAUAUAAAUAUAUAUAUUUUCUAUUAAACUAUUAUUUCAACUUCAUCGGACAAUGUACAAAAUAACGUGAAGCCGACCCGGUGGAAUUCGACGAGAAUCGCCACCACAGGCCCGUGGUCCGCGUACGGUCCUUCGUAGAUCGAAUUGCGACAAAUUGGAACACGGUGACUGGAUGCGACCUCAAUAUGUCCCAGGAUCGCUUGACCGCUCUUCGGCUGCUGUCGUACUACUGGUUGACCAUUAUCAUGCCACCCAACCUGUCAGCGUAUGACGUUCUCUACAAGAACAAUCCACUGCACCAGGAAUCGUCCAUUUCACAAGGUAGGAGAUUCGGUGGAUAUCGGAUCGUCCCGCGGGCUUGCAAGGACAACGGAAGUUCGCAUAAGAAUUCGGCCCAGGGGGGCGUGUGCAUGUUCAAUUACGAAUGCACCCAGCUGGGCGGCUCCGUGGUGGGCUCCUGCGUAGACGUGUUCCUGUUCGGUGCCUGCUGCCGGUUACCGCCGGGCAUCAAAGUGCCCACUCUCGAACACAAUUCGGCCAAUCCGUCGGCCAGCACAGUGGAGAGUACGUCCAGUGCGUCUCCCAAUUCUGGCGGCAUGUUCAAAAGGCCCGAGCUGAACUUACAACCGGUGGCCGACACCAUACUGUUACAUCGUAACGGCACAGCCGUACAGAACAUGUACAGACCCGACGACAUCGCGGACCUGUUCAAGAACUUUACGCUCAACCCGAACGGCCACUAUUACAUGACGCACAACAUGACGGACGUGUUGCACACCACUCCAGCCAACGGUUUUCAACAGCUGUUCGGCAACAAAUUUAAAAACCCCAGUUCGGGGCAAACGUCGCCGGUGUCCAAGUCGACUGACUCGGUGCCCAACAUCCGGAAGACGACAACGGUGUCCUACCAGGGCACACCGUCCCAGCACCCAGCUCAGUACGGCCACGACGACUACGACAAUAUGGUGCUUGUGCCCACACUAACGGCCCAUCCCGACCCGAAUAAGUCGUCUGAGGAGGAGUCCAACUCGAUACAUCACAUAUUGUCUAUACUGAACCAAACGGCGCCAGUCGCCGACCCCGAACCGAUGGUCGCCGAGACUUACGUCCACUCGUCCACCUCCUCACCAGCCCUGUAUACCUGGGGCUCCAUAGACGCCGACUCCAAGUCACCGAGUUAUGGGUCGUCACAGUCGUACCAUUCCACUAAGCCCUCCAGCUCAUAUCUACACAAUGAGUACAAGCCGACUACGUCUCAUUACGGCGGCCUCACGACGUCCACGCACCACCUGCCCGGACCUCAUUUUCAUGUAAAACCCACGUCCACCGCCAAACCCGUGACCAACCCCGACGCGGCCGCGCCCACCGUGAUCGUCCUCAGCUCGUUGAACGACGCCAAGAACCCCAACAAAUACUCAUCGUCCUCGACGUCCAUUUACUCGUAUAGCGCGACAACCUCGCAAACGCCUCAGUCGUCGUCAUAUUACCGCCCGCAAGUGAAACCGUCGCAGAGCAUUAUUGUCACCGGCAAACCGUCGGUGAGUGCCGCUUACACGCCCACUUAUCAGCACACGACGUUCGUGCCGGUGGGCGAAGUCCAGACUUACGGCCAAUCUAGUAUUCACACGUCCGCCAAACCGUUGGUUUCCAAACCCGUGGUGUAUGCGGCCAGCUCGACCAGUAAACCCAGCACGUUGAGCAGCACCAUUCACUCGGACAACGGAUAUACGACUGUGUUCACGGCGGUCAAUAACAACAACAAAUAUCAUGGGCCGGGGGGCAACACAUACUCGACAGCCAAGCCCGUAUUGAACCACGACUCCAUGGCGGUGAUCGCCACCUCUUCUUACAAACCACCCACUGUCACCCAUACGCCGACACUCGCCGACGACGCCGACUACCCGUCACCCGUAACACCCAGCCAGGUGUUCAUCACCUCAGACUCAGUUGACUUGCAUCAAAACCCGUACCCGUACACCAGCAACCUGUCCAACCCUGCCGCGUUUAACUCGACCGACUCUUUCGCGUUUCCGCCCGUUCGCGAUCCCAACGUCAACCUGACGGCCACCCAACAAGAAAAGCCAACGCUGACGGACACCACGCAAUUUGGCGGCGACUACGAUGCCGACCCGGAUACGAUUCCGCAACUCGCCGUCGACGAGAACCUUGACGACAAGGUGCACCUAUUCGUCGAAAAGGUUGUUCAGUCGUUACAGGGUAAUUUCGAAGACUUGGAAAAGGUGCUUAUGUCCGGUGAACAAACUUCUAACGUGACUAUCAGCAACGACCCGCAGCCUAGCACGCCUACCAAAAAACCAUUGACAACCACUACCAAGAAACCGACCAAAGCCAAACCGUCCAAACCGCCCAAAGUGGGCACGUCCACGUACAAACCGACCCCCGUACCGUUGCCGGACGCGCCGUACCUGGAACCGUCCACAACGGUCAAGCCCACCAAAUUGCCGACGCUGCUCACGCCCGUCCAACUGUUUCAGCCCACUUGGUCCACCGAAAGCCCAGUCAAGCGCCCGAAGCCUACAAAAGCACCGUCCACCACCGUAGUUCUGGACACGUUAAGCGUGGAAAACGGUUAUACCACUGCUGAACCGGAUUAUAGAAAAGUGUGCGGUGUUCGGCCUUUGGUCAGAAAGAACGGUCGCAUCGUCGGCGGCACCGGAUCGACAUUUGGCGAAUGGCCGUGGCAAGUGUUGGUGAAAGAGGCAACUUGGCUUGGACUGUUCACCAAGAACAAAUGCGGUGGAGUGUUGAUCACGCAAAAGCACGUCAUCACAGCGGCCCAUUGCCAACCCGGGUUCUUGGCCAAUCUGGUGGCUGUCUUCGGCGAGUACGACAUCAGCGGCGAAGUAGAGUCGAAGCGUAGCAUUAGUAAAAACGUGAAACGAGUCAUAGUGCACAGGCAAUACGACGCGGCCACCUUCGAAAACGACAUAGCUCUGCUCGAAUUGGAGUCACCGGUGUCUUACGACCAGCACAUAGUUCCCAUUUGCAUGCCCGACGACGAAGAUGACUUCACGGGUCGCAUGGCGGUGGUCACCGGAUGGGGAAGGUUAAAAUACGGAGGAGGAGUUCCGAGCGUUUUGCAAGAAGUCCAAGUUCCUAUAAUAGAAAACCAAGUUUGUCAAGACAUGUUCGAGACGGCGGGUCAUUCGAAAAGCAUACUGAGCAGUUUCCUGUGCGCCGGCUACGCCAACGGACAGAGGGAUUCUUGUGAGGGAGACAGUGGUGGACCGUUGAUGAUCGAAAAAGACAAUGGUCGGUGGACAUUGAUCGGAACAGUGUCACACGGUAUCAAGUGCGCAGCCCCGUACUUACCCGGAGUUUACAUGAGGACCACAUACUACAAACCUUGGCUACAGACUAUUACCGGAGUACAAUAAGUACAUGACAGUUAUUCUUAUUUAUAAUAAUAAAAACAUCACACUUCUUAACUAUAAUUUUGUUUAUUAUAAUUUAAGAUACCUCUCCUUCCUCUAAAAAAAAAAUUGUUUUAACAUCAUCUCGUUUGUAUAUUUUAACUUUCUUAUGACAUGUUCAAUAUAGAUAAUUAAUAAUUAUAUUAUUAUUAUUAUUAUAUAAUACACUAUGUAUGUUUUCUAUGCGAACGAAACCGCACUAUUGACAAAAUAAUUUGUUUUAUUAUUUUUUCCAACUCGAUGUGAUAUCCAAAAAUCUAGGUAAUCAGAAUUAAGAUUUCGC